GUCGCGCCUUGAGUGAUGGCGGCACUUCCGGUCCCGCUGCCCUCAGUCAAGAUGGCGGCAGUGGAGAAGCGGCGGCCGGCUGUAGCACCAGCGGCCAAUUUCACAGACAACGGCCGAACGUUGGUGUCUCAGGUAGCGGCAGCGGCUGAGAGCGAGGAGGACUUCCUACGGCAGGUCGGCGUGACGGAGAUGCUGCGUGCCGCGUUGUUGAAGGUGCUGGAGACGAGGCCCGAAGAGCCCAUCGCCUUCUUGGCGCACUAUUUCGAGAAUAUGGGCCUACGUUCGCCGGCCAGCGGCGGCGCCGGGGAGCCCCCGGGGCAGCUCCUCCUGCAGCAGCAGCGCCUGGGCCGUGCGCUGUGGCACCUUCGCCUGGCUCACCACUCACAGAGGACAGCCUUCAACAACAAUGUGAGUGUGGCCUACGAGUGCCUGAGUGCAAGUGGACGCAAGAAGAAUCCGGGGCUGGAUGGCCGCACCUACAGUGAGCUGCUGAAACGGGUCUGCAGAGAUGGGGGAGCCCCAGAGGAGGUAGUAGCACCCCUUCUGCACAAGAUCCAGUGCCGGGACCACGAGGCCGUCCCACUGGGCAUCUUCAGAGCCGGCAUGCUGUCUUGCUUUGUGUUGCUGGAGUUCGUGGCGAGGGCUAGGGCCCUGUUUCAGCUCCUGGAAGACCCAGACCUGGCUGUAGCUGACCGCCGUGUGGGCCAGGCUGUGUUGGACACUCUGGAGGGGGCCCUGGGCCCCGAGAACCAGGCCUCUGCACCCACACACUACCUGGAGGCUGGCUCCCGCCUGGGCCCUGACAGCCUGGCACGAGCCCUGGACAGGGCAGUGUCAGGACGGAGGCCCAGCUCACCCAUGGCCCGGGAUGAGUUUCUGGAAAAGGCCGCAGCACUCUUCAUUGCCAAGGUCAAGCCGGUACGCUGACUGCAAGGCUCACCCAGCCACCAUUCCAGGAUGGCACAGACCUGGGACCAGGAAUAUGGUGCCCUGGCAUGCAGGAGGGGACCCCACCCAGGAAGUGGGACCCCCAGGACCUCCACCAGCCCCCAGCCUGCUCUGUACGCACCUGAGGGCCCCACUCACAGAAAUAAAAUCUUUACAGAGGA